AUGGAACUCAGAUUCUAUGUUAUAAUCUCUCUGGUGGCAACUUUAGCAACUGGCCAAACCUGUUACUGGCCUAAUGGGGUCCCGAACGAUGUCGUCAAACCUUGCCCUGUUGCCGCAGGCACCGAAGCAGCCGCAUGCUGUUUCGAAGACCAUUAUUGCCUGACAAAUGGUCUUUGCUUCGAACCUUUGACGUUGACCAUGUAUCGUGGGGCUUGCACCGACGAUACUUUCCAGUCAAGCGGGUGUCCCAAGUACUGCGACAAGAGCGACAUACCUGGAGGCGAUAGUUCGCUUCAUAUAGGCGUCUGGACUUGUGGUAACGCACGAUUCUCAUGUAGCAACCUACAGAAUUGCGCGACCGGCAACUUCACCGUCAGUCUUCCCGGCAAGAUUUUGUUAAACGAAGCGGCAAGCACGGAUCUUGGAGACGGUCCCGCGGCUACAUCGACAACUGGAAACAGCACUGUUACAUGCCCUGCGGGCAGCCAUACAGACAGCCAAGGCAGCAUUUCUCCAGGCGCCGCGGCGGGCAUUGGCGUUGGCGUCGGUGUGCCUCUUGCAAUUAUUGCUGGAGCACUGGCGGUGAUGCUAUUGCGCGAGAAGAAGAAGACGGCGAAUACCAAGCAAACAUCACAGAUGACUGAGAACGACGUCUCAAAGACCGAUGGUUCGAAUUCACAGCCCAAUUGGGGUUAUGCCCACGCGGUGUCUCCCGAGCUACCUAAUCAGCAUCAUGUUCGACACGAGCUGCCCCAGUGA